GCCAGUGACGAAGGAAGCAGCAGCAGCUGUUGCUGCUUUUCAGAAACUUCCAUCAAGAUGCCUUUUCAAAAUAGCUCGACCAGGAGAGCCCGGCAUAAAUGGAUAUGGGCUGGGGUCAUGGUUCUGUUAGUUGUGCUGGUUGUUAUUGCGUUGGUUGCUGUACUCAGACCUGGAAGGAAGGAGAACAGCGGCUCAGAAGACCUGCAGUGGAAAGGCGAAGGGACCACUGAACACCUGCAGGAAAUCAUCCUGGGGAGAUGUUACAACUAUAUUCUUACAGUGAACCCUGGCCUCAGGGAUACAGACUGCCUCAAAAUUUGGGGAAUGUUCCAAAAUGCAUUUAUGCAUAAGGACCCAUGCAGUAUGACAGAGGAAGAUUAUCAGCCUCUGAUGGAUUUGUCCAGUUAUUCUAUUCCAUGUAACAAGUCACUGUUUUGGAGCAAGACAAACGACCUUGUACAUCGUUACACAAAAGCUAAUCAUAAUUUCCUCACAUUGGAGGACACUUUGCUAGGUUACAUAGCAGAUGGGUUGUCAUGGUGUGGAAAUCCCUCCAAUCUAGGAGUCAACUACAAGUCUUGCCCAAAAUGGACUGAAUGUGAGAGUAACCCCAGUACAAUAUACUGGAAAAUGGCGUCCAAGAUGUUUGCAGAAGCAGCCUGUGGUACAGUCCAAGUGAUGCUCAAUGGCUCAAUAGAAGCUGGUGCUUUCAGAAAUAGCAGCAUUCUGGGCAGUGUGGAAAUGGUUAACUUAAAUCCGGAUAAAGUCUUCAAGGUGCAAAUUUGGCUUAUGCAUGACAUUGAUGGACCACAAAGUGAAUUUUGCACGGGCCGUUCCAUAACAAAGCUGAAAGAGAUGCUGGAAAGCCGAAGAAUAAGUGUAUCUUGUACAGAUGAUUACAGGCCAGUUCAGUUGCUUCAGUGCACCAACAAUCCUGACCACUCCACUUGCAGCAUUUGCUCCUGAAAACAUGGUGCCCUGUGUUGUUCAUAUCAUUGUUCAGCUUCGUAUAAUAAGUAACGGGGUAUCUAUGGAGAGCAAUAUAUGAAGGCCAAACCAGACAUGAUGGUGACAGAUCUCUGUGUUUUAAACCCAGACCUUUUUCACAUACAGAGC